AUGGAAGAUGAUGAUAGCGUUCUCGAAGAGAUCAAGGAAAGAUGCAGAAGAGACUUUGAAAAGAACUUGAAUUACUUUUUGGGAUGCUACAAGAAGAACAAAACGGAACUGAACGAGCGGAUUCGAAAACUGAAAAAUGAACAGGCUGAUUUUGACAAUGAAACCAAGACGAUUGACAAAAAACUUCGCCAGCUCCAAAAAGAGAUCAACAAGCUGACAGAACGACGAGAUUCGAUCGAGGCGUCAAAGGCCGAGAAAAGCAUGAAGAUCGUAGAAGCGGAGAACGAAAUGGCCGAGUUAGAACGAAAGCUCAAAACGCUCUCCUUUACUGGAAAACUUGGAGCAUCGAUUGACUCGCCACGGUCAUCCAGCUCGUCGGAUAAUAAUGGACAGAAAAAACAUCUGCUUUAG